CGACGGCCUGGGCGGACGGUUCGCUGUGCGCAGGCGCGGAUCGUGGACCUCGCUGCAGCCCCCAUCGCUUCGGGUAGUCGCACUUACGGGGUCCACCCGCUGGCGCGUCAGUUCUCUCCCGCUCGUCCGCCCUCCCGAGUCCUCCCAGCGCUCUACGCGCCGGGAUGGCGGAGCUGCGGCCUAGCGGUGCCCCCGGCCCCACCGCGCCCCCGGCCCCUGGCCCUACUGCACCACCGGCCUUCGCCUCGCUCUUUCCCCCGGGACUGCACGCCAUCUACGGAGAGUGCCGCCGCCUUUACCCUGACCAGCCGAAUCCGCUCCAGGUUACAGCUAUCGUCAAAUACUGGUUGGGCGGCCCAGACCCCUUGGACUAUGUUAGCAUGUACAGGAACGUGGGGAGCCCUUCUGCCAACAUCCCUGAGCACUGGCACUACAUCAGCUUCGGCCUGAGCGAUCUCUAUGGUGACAACAGAGUCCAUGAAUUUACAGGAACAGAUGGACCUAGUGGUUUUGGCUUUGAGUUGACAUUUCGUCUGAAGCGAGAAACAGGGGAGUCCGCUCCCCCAACGUGGCCAGCAGAGCUAAUGCAGGGCUUGGCCAGAUACGUGUUCCAGUCAGAGAACACCUUCUGCAGUGGGGACCACGUGUCUUGGCACAGCCCUUUGGAUAACAGUGAGUCAAGAAUCCAGCACAUGCUGCUGACAGAGGACCCGCAGAUGCAACCCGUGCAGACGCCCUUUGGGGUAGUUACCUUCCUGCAGAUUGUCGGCGUCUGCACUGAGGAGCUCCAUGCAGCCCAGCAGUGGAACGGGCAGGGCAUCCUGGAGCUGCUGCGGACGGUGCCCAUCGCUGGCGGCCCCUGGCUGAUAACUGACAUGCGGAGGGGAGAGACCAUAUUUGAGAUCGAUCCGCACCUGCAACAGGAGAGAGUUGACAAAGGCAUCGAGACGGACGGCUCCAAUCUAAGCGGUGUCAGUGCCAAGUGUGCCUGGGAUGACCUGAGCCGGCCCCCUGAGGAUGAUGAAGACAGCCGGAGCAUCUGCAUAGGCACACAGCCCCGGCGGCUCUCUGGCAAAGACACGGAGCAGAUCCGGGAGACCCUGAGGAGAGGACUUGAGAUCAACAGCAAGCCCGUCCUUCCACCCAUCAACCCUCAGCGGCAGAAUGGCCUCACCCAUGACCGGGCCCCGAGCCGCAAAGACAGCCUGGAAAGCGACAGUUCCACGGCCAUUAUUCCCCACGAGCUGAUCCGCACACGGCAACUCGAGAGUGUACAUCUGAAAUUCAACCAAGAGUCAGGAGCCCUCAUUCCUCUGUGCCUAAGGGGCAGGCUCCUGCAUGGACGGCACUUUACAUAUAAAAGUAUCACAGGUGACAUGGCCAUCACGUUCGUCUCUACGGGAGUGGAAGGCGCCUUUGCCACUGAGGAGCACCCUUACGCAGCUCAUGGACCCUGGUUACAAAUUCUGUUGACUGAAGAAUUUGUAGAGAAAAUGUUGGAGGACUUAGAAGAUUUGACUUCUCCAGAGGAAUUCAAACUUCCCAAGGAGUACAGCUGGCCCGAAAAGAAGCUGAAAGUCUCCAUCCUACCCGACGUGGUGUUCGACAGUCCACUGCACUAGCCUGGGCUGGGCCCUGCAGGGGCCAGAGGAGAGCCCGGCUGCUCCCCAGGAACUUCGGUAUAACAACUGUGUGAGAGGGACUCCCACCAUUAAAAGGCAGGACAAGCGUGAGGAUGACUGAGCAGCCACACACCUGCAGCGUGGUGGGACGCCGGGCAUGGGCGGCUGACCCCCCCUCGCCUGCAACGCCAGGCCCACGUGGCCAGGCCCUGAGCCCACUGGGCACUGAGCAGGCAAAUGCAAGCCUUCACUUUCUGCUGCCGCCACAAGUUCUGGUUUGAGAAGUGACUCCAGACCUUUGAUGUGCCCCUAGGUCUCAGGCCUCGUUUCUCGCCUACCCCCUGCCACGCAGCCCAGCAGGAAGGAGGUGGAGCGGCCCUGUGGGUUCAGCACCGAGCUCGGCUCCAGGAAGCCUUGAGUAGUCAGGCUCCUCCCACCACGGAACAAUUCCUCUGAUCAUGUUUGGUUUUGUUCCUCUAUUUUUAUUUUGUAGAAACUGAUGGUAUUUUAUUGCUCUUCAAAGAUGUCCAGAAGCUGUGUAUAUAAUGUUUUUUAAACAAGACUUUAUUCGCAGAUGAACUUUUGCAUUCUCUCAGACAGGGGCCCGGGGCUGUCUUCCCCUGACCCGCCACCAGAGACGGCGCCAGUGGCUCACCCGCCAGCCCAGGGCCCAGAGGAGCCCGCUUCAGAGAGAGGCUUUUCUCCCAGGUUGGCCGGCGGAGCCCAGGGCAGAGAACUGAGACGCCCCCCAUGCGGCCCUGAGCCCAGUUCAGCUGGGGCCAAGCAGGGAUGCUGCUGGUCCCCAAGUGGCCUGGGCCCCACAAAUUCAAGGACCAUCGGGUCUCAGAGACAUGGUGGCCUCAGCCUCAUCUUCCAGGCCUUUCCCACCCAGCCAGGCUUGCCUGGGAGAGGGUGAGGCCCAGCACCUCACAGAUCACCCCCGCCUGCCACUCAGGGCCUGGGUCUCCAGCUCUUUGACCACUCUGAUCCCAUUUCCUCAUUCCCCUGGGCCUCCCAGCCUCCAGGCUGCAGGAGUCUGGCUUAUUAAAAACAGAGAAAUUAACGUCUCGACAUGUCUAUAACGUUGAUUUUGCAAACACCGCACUCUACUGCCCUCCCAUCCAUCCUCCCUGACCCAUUCAUGUCUCAUCUUCCAUUCUCCAUACUUGUCCUGCAUCUGGGCCUCUCAUGGUCCUUGGUCCCUUGCCUGAAAACUGCAAUUCUUAUGACCUUCCUCCCAGAAGCCCUGUGGUUUGGGGGUUCCUCUUGGGUUAUCUCCUACUUCUGCCCAGGAAUCAACAAGCCCCCUUCGUACCCUCUUACUCCCAAGUCUAGGGACCACUAUUUCAGGAUCAUCUUUCAGGCCUGUCCAAAGCAAAGCCAUUUUGUCUGUCAGGGACCAUGACCUUCCCUGCCUGCAUGGCCACACACAGGCACCACCAGGAGGCCCACAGGUGCAGGGCCCUGCUGAUGACAGAUCCAGCCAAAGAGCUGCCUCCACGGGCCAUAAAGGCUGUGGCCGGGCUCCCCAGGGAACAGUAGCUGGACUUCCGAGGGACCUUGGUCCUUCUCUGCACACACCCUCAGGGCCACCUGGUUAACUCCAUCAAACUCGGAGCUGCAAGGCAGAUAGGCCUGGAGUGGCAGGGGAGACAGGCUUCCGGCUGCCAGCAGCCGUGUGGGAACCCUCUGGACCUGACGCUGGCAGCCGCUGUGCCUUGCCUGAGAAUUUUUCAGAAGGACAUUUCCUGGCUUUCGCCCACCGCAGCACCCCUGCCUUUGAAGCUCUCGUCUUCUGACGUUUUGUGGCCAGAGAGGUGCCCUGAGCUUUCCUCCUGCCCUUGCUCCCCCCCACCUGCCUCUCCACCAAUCCUUUCUUUCUGGGGCCCUACCUCCACCUGCCUGGUUUGGCAGCAGGGAGGGGGGUAUCUUCUGAACUAAGAUUUGUCAUCAGUAUGGGAGGCAGGAGGGAAGUAGGUGAGCUCUGAACGCUGAGCCCAUGAAGCCUGUGAUCCCAUUCCUGUGCUACGAUGUAAGGAACCUCCAAGGUCACGCCGGGGCCAGGCCUCCACUUCCUUCCCCUGCGGUGCACCGGCUGCAGGGCAGUACCUAGACACCUGCUGCCUCUGACCAGACCUCCUUUCCCUUGUUCAGUGGAGUCUUCCCAGUGGUUGUUCUGGGAGGGGGUCUCCACUGAGCUGGCUGAUGAGAGGGAACCCUCACUGCGAAAUAAGCGAGGCGACCACGUCCUGUGCCCAGUGCAGCACCCAAAGCGUGGUGGGUGCUCACUAAGUGUAUCCCUUCUUUCCCUGCCUGCAGCCCUUUGGCAGCCCUGACCUCGCAGCGAGCGGGGAGGUAAGGGGCUUCCUUCCCUGAUCUGCCUCUUCCACUGGCUUCCUUGAGGUUCACCCAGUCCCACCCCUCCCCCCAGGUCCCUGGUGCUAGGAAGAGGCUCCCCAGCGUUGUUUGCCUGCUAUAUGAGACCAAUCCUGUGGCUCCUCAGGUCCAGUACGGGCUGCGGGAGGACCACAGACCCAGCUGCCAUCCGGAGGGGUGGAGAGGCUUGUGCAAGGUCUCAGGUCUGGCCUGGGAGCUGGUACUUCUUCCUGCCCUUCUCUUCCUCUUCCAAAGGCCGGGCUCCAGGGCAGGGUCUGGGAAGCCACGGGGAGCUUAAAAGGGCUAGAGUGUUUUUAAAAGAUGAACACAGAGUCUUGGGACUGGGUUUUAAGAUUGACUUGAGAGC